AUGCGAAUUAGCUUUCCCUUCUUCACCCUGGCCGGACUGGCUGGUGCCGCCAACACCUUUGGUUACUGGCAUCCCCCUGUUCAAGGUGAUGUUCGCUCUCCUUGCCCAGCUCUCAGUUCUUUAGCAAACCACAAUAUCAUCCCCCAUAAUGGCAAGAGUCUCUCUGUUCCGCUGUUGGUCAAUGCAAUGGUGAUUUCCCUCAAUUUUGGCGAGGAUUUGGCUACAUUUCUCGCACUCGCUGGCCUGAAGACCUCCUCAAACCCAGCCAGCACGAUCUUCAACCUUGAUGAUCUCAACAAGCACAGCCUCAUUGAACAUGACGCCUCUCUCUCCCGCGCGGAUUUCAACCUCGGCGGCGACAGCCACACAUUCAGCCAGGAAAUCUUCGAUGAGACUCUCAGCUACUUCGGGGCCCUUGAGGAGAUUUCCAUCGCGGACGCGGGAGCUGCUCGGUGGGGUCGGGUCCUGACUGAGCAAAAGAGGGAUCCGAAAUUCAAUUACACGGCUCAGGCUCGAUUUCUCAGCUACGCCGAGUCCGCCGUCUACUUCCGAGUCCUAAACAACCCGAAGACGGGCAGGACUCCUGUAGAUUUCAUCAAGAUCUUGUUCGAGCAAGAGCGAUUCCCUGCCAAAGAGGGUUGGGUGACACCGGCCUCGCCUAUCGGCAGUUUCACCGUUGCCGCGGACAUCCUGGCACUCGCAUUGGCCACUUCGGAGAAGUCAGGUACUUCCUUCAACGAGACAGAUUUCCAUGGAUACAAGGUCUAG